CGCGGAUGGACGGGACGGUGGACACGCCGCCGUGCCUGCGCUUGGCCCACCGUGCCCCCAGCUCGCCGGCCGCGCCGCCCGAACUCCUCUUCCUCCGCCUCAGCCUCCCCGUCCAGUUCCAUCCCCGCUUCCGCUGCACCCCCGGGGCCACCCCCCUGCCCCAGGCCCCCCCCGAGCCCCCCGAGGACGUCAGCCUCGAGCCCCUCUCCGAAUUCGAGCGCCUCCGUCGCUCGGCCGGACCCCGGCACCCCGAGGGCGAGGGUGAGGGUGAGAAGGGACCCGGGGGGGCUCCAGCGUCCCCGGCCCCCCGGGACCAGCCCCGCGCCGAGAACGAGAAGGAUGCGACCACCGAGAAGGGCAAGACCCGGAGGGGGUUCCUGUUCAAGGCCAGGAAGACGCCCUUUGCGCCCCCCCCAGCGGUGCCCACCGUCCCCCGCCUCGAGGAGGACGUGGUCCCCGACGAGCGUGACGACCCCGAGGUCAUCAUGAACACCACCACGUACUACUACUCGGUGCGGAUCUUCGCGGGGCAGGAGCCCUCCAGCGUCUGGGUGGGCUGGGUGACCCCCGACUUCCACCAGCACGACCCCUCCUUCGACCUCUCCCGCGUCCGCACCGUCACCGUCACCAUGGGCGAUGACAAGGGCAACGUGCACGACAGCAUCAAGCGGAGCAACUGCUACAUGGUUUGGGGGGGGGAGUUCGCCAGCACCACGCAGCAGGCGCGGGUCAGCCACACCGACCUGGUCAUCGGCUGCCUGGUGGACCUGGCCACCGGCCUCAUGACCUUCACCGCCAACGGCAAGGAGAUCAACACCUUCUUCCAGGUGGAACCCAACACCAAGCUCUUCCCAGCCGUCUUUGCCCUCCCCACCAGCCAGAACGUCAUCCAGUUUGAGUUGGGCAAGCUCAAGAACAUCAUGCCCAUCUCGGCCGCCAUGUUCAGCAGCGAGCGGAAGAACCCGGAGCCGCAGUGCCCGCCGCGGUUGGCCAUCCAGCUCUUGACGCCCGUCACCUGGAGCCGCAUGCCCAACGAGUUCCUGGCCGUCGAGACCACCCGCCUGAGCGAGCGGCAGGGCUGGCUGGUGGAGUGCACCGAGCCCCUCGUCAUGAUGGCCCUCCACAUCCCCGAGGAGAACAGAUGCAUCGACAUCAUGGAGCUGUCGGAGCGCCUGGACCUCCUGCGCUUCCAGUGGCACACGCUGAAGCUCUACUGCGCCGUCUGCGCCCUGGGCAACAACCGGGUGGCCCACGCGCUCUGCAGCCACGUGGACCAGGCGCAGCUCCUCUUCGCCAUCGAAAGCCCCGAAUUACCGGGGCCGUUACGCGCCGGUUACUACGACCUAUUGUUGGCCAUGCACCUCGACGCCGCCCAACGCGCCCGCGCUUCCAUGAGCGCCGAAUUCAUCGUCCCCAUGACCGAAGCCACGAAAACCAUCGCUCUUUUUCCCGACGGCGGACGAGCGCCCGGCCCGCCCGGCGUCGGUCCCAGCGCCUGUUUGAGACCCCAACCUCAUUUCGCCGAACCUUGUUUCGUUUUGGCUGCCGACGGCGGGCGGGCGUUGCUCAGUCCCGGGAUUCCCUUGGGUGCUUUGGGUGCUCGGGCCAUCAGGAUGUUGGCGGAGGCGGUUGCGGGGGGGGGACCCCACGCCCGGGACCCCGUGGGCGGUAGCGUGGAAUUCCAGUUGGUGCCGGUGUUGAAACUGGUGUCGGCGUUGCUGGCCGUGGGCGCGCUGGGCGACGGAGACGUGCGCCGAGUUCUCCGGAUGAUCGAACCCAGGGUGUUCGGGGAAUCCCGGCGGGACCCCCCGGCCGAUGGAGGGGAGGAGGAGGAGGGGGAGGAGGCGCGGAGGAAGGCCAUCGAGGCGGGGGAGAUGGAGGAAGGGGAAGAGGAGGAGGAGGAGGAGGAAGGGCUGGAGGAAGGGCUGCUGCAGAUGAAGCUGCCGGAGUCCGUCAAGCUGCAGAUGUGCAACCUGCUGCAGUACUUCUGCGAGCGGGAGCUGCAGCACCGCGUCGAGGCCAUCGUCGCCUUCUCGGAGCGGCACGUGGAGCGGCUGCAGCGCGACCAGCGGCGUCGGUACGCGCGGCUCAUGCGGGCGCUCACCAUGUCGGCCGCCGAAACCGCCCGGCGCACCCGCGAGUUCCGCUCGCCCCCCCAGGAGCAGAUCAACAUGCUGCUGCAGCACAAGGGGGGGGCGGACGAGGAGGAGUGCCCCGUGCCCGAGGACAUCCGCGACGAGCUCCUCGACUUCCACAGCGCCCUGCUGGCGCACUGCGGCAUCGAGCUGGCGGGCGAGGAGGAGGAGGAGGAGGAGGAGGCGUCGCUGCGGCAGCGGCUGCUGGGGCUGGUGCAGAAGGUGGUGGGGCUCCGCGGGACGGCGGCGCGGGACGAGGGACCCCCCGAGGAGCCCCCGGCACCCAGCACGCUGCAGGAGCUGAUCUCGCAGACGAUGGUGCACUGGGCGCAGGAAUCCUUCAUCCAGAGCCCCGAGCUGGUGCGCGCCAUGUUCAGCCUGCUGCACCGGCAGUACGACGGGCUGGGCGAGCUGGUGCGCGCGCUCCCCAAGGCCUACACCAUCAGCGCGCUCUCCGUGCCCGACACCACCGCGCUGCUCGAGUGCCUCGGCCAGAUCCGCUCCCUCCUCAUCGUCCAGAUGGGCCCCGAGGAGGAGAACCUCAUGAUACAGAGCAUCGGGAACAUCAUGAACAACAAGGUGUUCUACCAGCACCCCAACCUCAUGCGGGCGCUGGGGAUGCACGAGACCGUCAUGCAGGUGAUGGUCAGCGUUCUGGGCGGCGGCGAGUCCAAGGAGAUCCGCUUCCCCAAGAUGGUGACCAACUGCUGCCGCUUCCUCUGCUACUUCUGCCGCAUCAGCCGCCAGAACCAGCGCUCCAUGUUCGACCACCUCGGGUACCUGCUGGAGAACAGCGGCAUCGGCCUGGGCAUGCAGGGCUCGACCCCCCUGGACGUGGCGGCCGCCUCCGUCAUCGACAACAACGAGCUGGCGCUGGCCCUGAAGGAGCAGGACCUGGAAAAAGUGGUGACGUACCUGGCGAGCUGCGGGCUGCAGAGCUGCCCCAUGCUGCUCUCCAAGGGGUACCCCGACAUCGGGUGGAACCCCUGCGGGGGCGAGCGCUACCUCGACUUCCUCCGCUUCGCCGUCUUCGUCAACGGGGAGAGCGUGGAGGAGAACGCGAACGUGGUGGUGCGGCUGCUGAUCCGGCGCCCCGAGUGCUUCGGGCCGGCGCUGCGGGGCGAGGGGGGCAGCGGGCUCCUGGCCGCCAUCCAGGACGCGCUGCGCAUCGCGCAGGAUCCGGCCCGCGACGGGCCCACGGGCAGGAGGGAGCGGCGGCGGGACCCAUUUGGGGGUGAGGAGCCCCCCGAGGAGAACCGGGUGCACUUGGGCCACGCCAUCAUGUCCUUCUACGCCGCCCUCAUCGACCUCCUGGGCCGCUGCGCCCCCGAGAUGCACCUGAUCCAGGCGGGCAAGGGCGAGGCGCUGCGGAUCCGCGCCAUCCUGCGCUCCCUCGUGCCGCUCGAGGACCUGGUGGGCGUCAUCAGCCUCCCCCUGCAGAUCCCCGCCAUCGGCAAAGACGGCAGCGUGGUGGAGCCGCGCAUGGCUGCCAGCUUCGUGCCCGAGCACAAGGCGCCCAUGGUGCUGUUCCUGGACCGCGUGUACGGCGUGGAGAGCCAGGAGUUCCUGCUGCGCGUGCUGGAGGUGGGCUUCCUGCCCGACAUGCGGGCGGCCGCCUCGCUCGACACGGCCGCAUUCAGCACGACGGAGAUGGCGCUGGCGCUGAACCGGUACCUGUGCCUGGCGGUGCUGCCGCUCAUCACCAAGUGCGCCCCGCUCUUCGCCGGCACCGAGCACCGCGCCAUCAUGGUGGACUCCAUGCUGCACACCGUCUACCGCCUCUCCCGCGGCCGCUCCCUCACCAAGGCGCAGCGCGACGGCAUCGAGGAAUGCCUCAUGGCCCUCUGCCGGUACAUCCGUCCCUCCAUGCUGCAGCACCUCCUCCGCCGCCUGGUCUUUGACGUCCCCAUCCUCAACGAAUUCGCCAAGAUGCCCCUCAAGCUGCUGACGAACCACUACGAGCGGUGCUGGAAGUACUACUGCCUGCCCAGCGGCUGGCCCAACCAGGGCGUCAGCUCCGAGGAGGAGCUGCACCUCACCCGAAAGCUCUUCUGGGGCAUCUUCGAGUCCCUGGCGCACAAGCGGUUCGAGGCGGAGCUGUACAAGCUGGCCAUGCCGUGCCUCUGCGCCAUCGCCGGCGCGCUCCCCCCCGACUACGUGGACGCCAGCUACUCCUCCAAGACGGAGAAGAAGGCUUCCGUCGACGCCGAGGGCAACUUCGACCCCAAACCUGUGGAGACCCUCAAUGUCAUCAUCCCCGAGAAGCUGGACGGCUUCAUCAACAAGUACGCGGAGUACACCCACGAGAAGUGGGCGUUCGACAAGAUCCAGAACAACUGGUCCUUUGGGGAGACGGUGGAUGAAGAAGCCAAGACGCACCCCAUGCUGCGACCCUACAAGACCUUCUCGGAGAAGGACAAGGAGAUCUAUCGGUGGCCCAUCAAGGAGUCCCUGAAGGCCAUGCUGGCCUGGGAGUGGAUGGUGGAGAAGGCUCGCGAGGGCGAGGAGGACAAGGUGGAGAAGAAGAAGACCCGCAAGAUCUCCCAGUCUGCCCAGGCCACCUACGACCCCAGCCACGGCUACAGCCCCCAGCCCGUGGACCUCUCGGGGGUGACGCUGUCCCGGGAGCUGCAGGCCAUGGCGGAGCAGUUGGCCGAGAACUACCACAACACGUGGGGACGCAAGAAGAAGCAGGAGCUGGAGGCCAAGGGGGGGGGCUCGCACCCCCUGCUCGUGCCCUACGACACGCUGACGGCCAAGGAGAAGGCGCGGGACCGCGAGAAGGCGCAGGAGCUCCUCAAGUUCCUGCAGCUCAACGGCUACGCCGUCACCCGGGGGCUGAAGGACAUGGAGCUGGACACCUCCUCCAUCGAGAAGCGCUUCGCCUACGGCUUCCUGCAGCAGCUGCUCAAGUGGAUGGACAUCUCCCAGGAGUUCAUCGCCCACCUGGAGGCGGUGGUGAGCAGCGGGCGGGUGGAGAAAUCCCCCCACGAGCAGGAGAUCAAGUUCUUCGCCAAGAUCUUGCUGCCCCUCAUCAACCAGUACUUCCACAACCACUGCCUCUACUUCCUCUCCACCCCCGCCAAGGUGCUGGGCAGCGGGGGGCACGCGUCCAACAAGGAGAAGGAGAUGAUCACCAGCCUCUUCUGCAAGCUGGCGGCGCUCGUCCGUCACCGCGUCUCGCUCUUCGGGACCGACGCGCCGGCCGUGGUGAACUGCCUGCACAUCCUCGCCCGCUCCCUGGACGCCAGGACGGUGAUGAAGUCAGGCCCCGAGAUCGUCAAGGCGGGGCUGCGGUCCUUCUUCGAGAGCGCCUCCGAGGACAUCGAGAAGAUGGUGGAGAACCUCAAGCUGGGGAAGGUGACGCAGAGCCGCACCCAGGUGAAGGGGGUGGCCCAGAACAUCAACUACACCACGGUGGCACUGCUGCCCGUCCUCACCUCCCUCUUCGAGCACAUAGCGCAGCACCACUUUGGGGACGACGUCAUCCUCGAUGACGUCCAGGUCUCCUGCUACCGCAUCCUGUGCAGCAUCUACUCGCUGGGCACCACCAGGAACCCCUACGUGGAGAGGCAGCGCCCGGCGCUGGGGGAAUGCCUGGCCCGCCUGGCCGCCGCCAUGCCCGUGGCGUUCCUGGAGCCGCAGCUCAACGCCUUCAACCCCUGCUCCGUCUACAGCACCAAGUCCCCCCGCGAGCGGGCCAUCCUGGGGCUCCCCGGCCGCGUGGAGGAGAUGUGCCCCGACAUCCCCGACCUGGAGCGCUUGAUGCGAGAUAUCGGGGGGCUGGCGGAAUCGGGGGCUCGUUACACCGAGAUGCCCCACGUCAUCGAGGUGACCCUGCCCAUGCUCUGUAACUACCUCCCCCGAUGGUGGGAACGGGGUCCCGACACCCUACCCCAGGGACCCUGGGCCACCGCCGUCACCGGCCAGCACCUCAACGCCCUCCUGGGCAACAUCCUCCGCAUCGUGGUCAACAACCUGGGCAUCGACGAGGCCUCCUGGAUGAAACGCCUGGCAGUGUUCGCCCAGCCCAUCGUGAGCAAGGCGAAGCCGGAGCUUCUGCGCUCCCACUUCAUCCCCACCAUGGAGAAGCUGAAGAAGCGGGCGGGCAAGGUGGUGGCCGAGGAGGAGCAGCUCCGCAUGGAGGCCAAGGCGGAGGGGGAGGACGCCGAGCUGCUCAUCCGCGACGAGUUCUCCGUCCUCUGCCGCGACCUCUACGCGCUCUACCCCCUGCUCAUCCGCUACGUGGACAACAGCCGGGCCAAGUGGCUGACGGAGCCCAACGAGGACGCGGAGGAGCUGUUCCGCAUGGUCGGGGAGGUCUUCAUCUACUGGUCCAAGUCCCACAACUUCAAGCGUGAGGAGCAGAACUUCGUGGUGCAGAACGAGAUCAACAACAUGUCCUUCCUCACCGCCGACAGCAAGAGCAAGAUGGCCAAGUCCGGAGAUGGCCAGGGUGGUGGCUCGGAGCAGGAGCGGACGAAGAAGAAGCGUCGAGGGGACCGGUACUCCAUCCACACCUCCCUCAUCGUCGCCACGCUGAAGAAGAUGCUGCCCAUCGGCCUCAACAUGUGUUCGCCCACCGACCAGGAGCUCAUCAGCCUGGCCAAGAGCCGCUACGCCCUGAAGGACACGGACGAGGAGGUGCGGGAGUUCCUCAACAACAACUUGCACCUGCAGGGCAAGUGCGAGAACAACUCGUCCAUGCGGUGGCAGAUGGCCCUGUACCGCGAGAUGGCCGGCAAGGCCGAGGACUCCGACAGCCCCGAGAAGAUCGUCCGGAGGGUGCAGGAGGUGUCGGCCGUGCUCUACCACCUCGAGCAGACAGAGCACCCCUACAAGUCCAAGAAGGCCGUCUGGCACAAGCUGCUGUCCAAGCAGCGCCGCCGCGCCGUCGUCGCCUGCUUCCGCAUGACGCCGCUCUACAACCUGCCCAGGCACCGUGCCUGUAACAUGUUCCUGGAGGCGUACAAGCUCUCCUGGCUCGUCCCCGAGGAGCACCCCUUCGAGGACCGCAUGAUCAACGACCUCUCGAAGUCGGGGGAGGAAGAGGAGGAGGAGGAAGAGGAGCAGGACAAGAAGCCGGACCCCCUGCACCAGCUCAUCCUGCACUUCAGCCGGACGGCGCUGACGGAGAAGAGUAAGUUGGAGAAGGAUCAUUUGUACAUGGCGUACGCCGGCAUCAUGGCCAAGAGCUGCCACAUGGAUGAAGGCGAAGAGGAGGAGGAGAAGGAAGAGGAGGAGGAAGAAGCUGAGGACUCAUUCGAGGAGAAGGAGAUGGAGAAGCAGAAGCUGCUGUACCAGCAAGCCCGGCUGCACACGCGGGGGGCGGCCGAGAUGGUGCUGCAGAUGAUCAGCGCCUGCAAGGGGGAGCGGGGCGACAUGGUGUCCUCCACCCUCAAGUUGGGCAUCUCCAUCCUCAACGGGGGCAACGCCGAGGUGCAGCAGAAAAUGCUGGACUACCUGAAGGAGAAGCGGGAGGUCGGGUUCUUCCAGAGCGUCCAGGCGCUGAUGCAGACCUGCAGCGUCCUGGACCUCAACGCCUUCGAGCGGCAGAACAAGGCGGAGGGGCUGGGCAUGGUGACCGAGGAGGGGACGAUCAUCAGCCGUGAGAACGGGGAGAAGGUGAUGUCGGACGACGAGUUCACGCAGGAUCUCUUCCGCCUGCUCCAGCUGCUGUGCGAGGGGCACAACAACGAUUUCCAGAACUACCUGCGCACCCAGACGGGGAACACGACCACCAUCAACAUCAUCAUCUGCACCGUGGACUACCUGCUGCGCCUGCAGGAGUCCAUCAGCGACUUCUACUGGUACUACUCGGGGAAGGACGUGAUCGAUGAGCAGGGCAAGCGCAACUUCUCCAAGGCCAUGGCCGUGGCCAAGCAGGUCUUCAACAGCCUCACCGAGUACAUCCAGGGUCCCUGCACGGGGAACCAGCAGAGCCUGGCCCACAGCCGCCUCUGGGACGCCGUCGUCGGCUUCCUCCACGUCUUCGCCCACAUGAUGAAGAAACUGGCCCAGGACUCCAGCCAGAUCGGGCUGCUGAAGGAGCUGCUGGACCUGCAGAAGGACAUGGUGGUGAUGCUGCUCUCCUUGCUGGAAGGCAACGUGGUGAACGGGACCAUCGCCCGGCAGAUGGUGGACAUGCUGGUGGAGUCCUCCAGCAACGUCACCAUGAUCCUCAAGUUCUUCGACAUGUUCCUGAAGCUGCGGGACAUCGUGGCCUCGGACGCCUUCCGUGACUAUGUCUCGGACCCGCGAGGUCUCAUCUCCAAGAAGGACUUCCAGAAGGCGAUGGACAGCCAGAAGCAAUACGAACCCGCCGAGAUCCAGUUCCUCCUCUCCUGCUCCGAAGCAGACGAGAACGAGAUGAUCGACGUGGAAGCCUUCGCCGGUCGCUUCCAAGAACCCGCUCGCGACAUCGGUUUCAACGUCGCCGUGCUCCUCACCAACCUCUCGGAGCACGUUCCCCACGAUCAACGUCUCCGGACCUUCUUGGAGCAAGCGGCCAGCAUCUUGGAGUAUUUCCGUCCGUUUUUGGGACGGAUCGAGAUUAUGGGAGCGGCUCGACGGAUCGAACGCCUCUACUUCGAGAUCAGCGCCGCCAACAAGGCGCAGUGGGAGAUGCCCCAAGUGAAGGAAUCCAAACGUCAGUUCAUCUUCGACGUGGUCAACGAAGGCGGGGAAGCCGAGAAGAUGGAGCUCUUCGUCAACUUCUGCGAGGACACCAUCUUCGAGAUGCAGAUCGCUUCUCGCCUCUCCGAGGAGGAAUCCGCUCGGGAAGGAGGGGAGGAUGAAGAGCAAGAGGAAGAGGAGGAAACCCCCGACUCCACCGGCCCCCCGCCACCCGCCGAACCCGCCUCGGCUUUCGGGGAGAUGCUGGCGGGAGCCGGGGGGUUGCGACAUUUAUUGGGGUCCCCCCAAACUUGGAGGAGACGGUUGCGACGGUUACGGCGACGGCCCGGUCGGGAAUUGGCGUGGGCGGCGGGGGCGGCCGCCGGUCGGGCGAUGUUGGGGGGGUUGUUGGGGGGUUGGGGGGUGCUCGGGGCCGUGGGGCGCCUGGCCUGGACCUCCCUUUUCGGAGGGGGGUUGGUGGAAGGGGCGCAGCGGCUGGCCCUGGCCGAGCUGCUGGCUAGCAUGCCCGACCCCACUCAGGACGCCGUGGGGGGCGGCGAGGCCGUGGGGGGCACGGGAGGAGAGGAGGGGGGUCCCCAAGACCCCGUCCCCCCCCCCGUCCCCCACCUGCCGCAGCCCCCCGAGGAGGAAGAGGAGGAGGAGGAGGAGGAGGCGGCGGCGGCGCCGGUGACGGCUUUCGGGGUACGCAAAGAACCCGGGCACUAUCGGCUGGCGGCCCCCGACGCCCCCGGGGGGCUGGGGGACAUCGGGGAGCCCCCCGCUGCUGAGCCCCCCACCCCCGAGGGCACCCCCAUCCUCCGGAGGAAGAUUGGGGAGGACGGGGAGGAGGUGGUGGAGGAGGAGCCGCAGAAGGAAGAGGAGCCGGCGGGCGAGGCGGAAAAAGCUGACACGGAGAACGGAGAGAAGGAGGGGACCGAGGGGGGGCCCGAGCCCGCGCCCCCCGAGAAGAGGAGGAAAUCGGUCCCCCGGGAGCGCAAGGAGCCGCCGGCCGAGGGAGCCUUUGAGUUCUGGGCUGAGCUGGAGGUCCAGAGGGUCAAAUUCCUGAACUACCUGUCCAGGAACUUCUACAACCUGCGGUUCCUGGCGCUCUUCCUCGCCUUCGCCAUCAACUUCAUCCUCCUCUUCUACAAGGUCUGGGGCCUGGGGGGGGCGGUUCAGCCUUACGCUGAGCCCAGUAUGAGCCUGGCGUCCCCCCAGUAUGAGCCCGGCAUCCCCCCCAGUAUGAGCCUGGCGUCCCACCAGUUUGCUCCCAGUGUCACCCCAGUAUGA